GACAGUUUGACUCUAAUUUCCUCCACAGCUUAUCUCUCUGCAUUGUACUGGUUUCCUUUGCAUUUUAAUUGUUCUCUCUCCUCCUGUAGCUGAUCAAAUCAUACCACCGGAUUUUACUUUUUUUUUUUUUUUUUUUUUUUUUAUUUUCCCCAGCCACUUACAUGCAUACAUGGCAAAGAGCAGCCUGACAUCAUUCAACAUCUCCUUGCUUCCUCAUUUCAAUAUUAACUGCUUACUAGAAGAGAAACAGGUUUGGGGUUAGCGUCCUGAGUAUGUGCAUGUCUCUGUGUGCGAGCAAGAGCUUUUUUCCCUUCUGUCCCUUCACAGCCAUAGGUCAUUACGCUGAGUUGCCUGAAACUGCCCAAUGCUAUUUUACACAAGCUUGACUUCAGAAGAGGCAGGUCUGUGGAUGUGCUUCACUUUCCGCUUUGGCUGGGCUGGAGCAGCAAAGCUCAGUGUUGCCACUGCUGCCGCUGCUCUCAGCUGAGAACAAACUUGCUGAAGGAUUCCUUCCUCUCCACAGAGCAAUAAUAAUGGCACAGCUACAGUUUAAAGAUGCAUUUUGGUGCAAGGAGUUCACCUUCCACACUGGCUAUGAGGUGCUCGUACAGCGGCUGUUGGAUGGGAGGAAGAUGUGCAAAGAUGUGGAGGAUUUGCUCAAGCAGAGAGCGCAAGCAGAGGAGAGAUAUGGGAAAGAGCUGAUACAAAUCGCCCGAAAAGCAGGAGGACAAACAGAAAUCAACACACUGAAGGCAGCAUUUGAGAGGCUCAAGCAACAAAUCGAAAGUGUUGGAAACUCUCAUAUCCAGCUGGCAGUAAUGCUGAAGGAUGAACUGAAAGGAAUAGAGGAGUUCCGAGAAAGACAGAAGGAACAAAGAAAGAAGUAUGAGUCUGCAAUGGAGCGUAUGCAGAAGAGCAAAUUGUCCCAUUAUAAGAAAACAAUGGAGUCAAAGAAGACCUAUGAGCAGAAGUGCAAGGAAGCGGAUGAGGCCGAGCAGUUCUUUGAACGGACAAGUGCUUCAGGCAACCAAAAGCAAACAGAAAAGAGUCAGAACAAAGCCAAGCAAUGCAGAGAUGCAGCAAAUGAUGCAGAGAACAUGUACAAACAGAACAUUGAGCAGCUGGAUAAGGUCAGGACAGAGUGGGAACAGGAACAUAUCAAAACCUGCGAGGUCUUCCAGCUCCAGGAGUGCGACCGCAUCACCAUCCUCCGCAACUCGCUGUGGGUUCACUGCAACCAGCUCUCCAUGCAGUGUGUGAAGGAUGAUGAGCUCUAUGAAGAGGUUCGGGUAAGCUUGGAGAACUGCGUUGUAGAGUCAGACAUAGACCACUUCAUUAAGACUAAAAUGACAGGAACGCAACCUCCAGAUGCAAUAGGAUAUGAGAACUACUACACCAGAGAAACAAACAGAAGCAACAGCAGCCCAACCCAGUCGUGUGGGAUGAUGAAGAGAUUCUCUGGACUACUGCACGGAAGCAGCAAAAACAACACGGAAAGUGUCACUCCUUCAGCCCCUCCUCUUGCAGAGAAAGCAGACGGAGUCUAUGCAUCCCUUUUUGUAAAUGAACAAGGUGGAAUCACAUCUUCACAGGACUACAGAGUACUUUAUGACUACAUAGCCCAGAACACGGAUGAACUGGACAUCAGUGAAGGAGACACUGUAGCUGUUAUUGAAGAAAAUGAGGAUGGCUGGUGGACAGCAGAAAGGAAUGGGCAGCGAGGCUUUGUGCCAGGGUCUUAUCUUGAAAAGCUUUAGUGAAAAGAAGCCCCAGCCCUCAGACUUUAAAAAUGUUCUAUUACUGAAAACAAACAGCACACAAGGACUGCUUCAGCUGACCACGGGCACCUCAUAAUACUGUCUUCUACAAUCACCAGUCAGCAAAUAACCAACUGACCGUGCUUUCCUCUUCCUUCCUCCUGCCCCAUCCCAGCACCUCCCGGCCUACAGAGUCUGCAAAAAAUGUCUUCACCUUCACCUUUGCGUUUCUUACCGCGGUUCUUCCUACCUUCAGCACACUGUCCUGCCAUGAGUGUUGCAAAGCUUGGUGAAUCUGGGAGGAAAAUCCUGCCCAGAACUUAACUGCACUGAAGGAAAAAGAUCAAGGAAGCAAGUGCUGUUUCUCCAAGAUGGAGGACCACCUCCAGCCAGCCUGUGAGCCACCCUCACGGUCACAGUAGCCAUGUUCUCUGUUAAGAUCCCCUCCUCUCACUGCACAGGCUAUGCAAGCAUUUUUGACCGUGGAGUGGAAAGCACACUCAGAAAGCAAGAUAGCUUUGAUGUCGCAAGGUCUUAGCUGUACAAAACUAGGAGGAAGCUCUCUUAGGUUUCUUUUAACAGCCCUCUUUCAAGUUCCCCUUACAGCAUGUCGGUAAGCAGGGAGAAAGGUGGGGAACCCUCCACUGUAUUUUAUCAGCAUCACUGAUGAAAAUAGAAAAUACCACGAAUGCAGCUAGAGAGGACCAACACUCAUCAGUAGUAAGAAAACAUAAGGCACUCCCCGUCAUGGCCAUCUCCUAAUAUAAUGAUAUCCAAGCUAUCCAUGCCUCUGCUUUGCACUGGAUUCUGAGGCAGCAAAAUAAGGACAGAUGAUGAGCCUAAGGCUUGCUUUUGCUUUGGUUGGAUGGUUUCCCUGACACCUCCCUGGGAUUUUUCAUGUUCAAAAAAACCCCAGCAAAAGCAACAAAUAAGUAAAGCCUCCAGCAGUGCUGUACUGUCCUGAUCCCUCUCCUCUGAGCACCAGAGAGAAGUGCUAGUUACCUCCUCAUGCAAUCUGCAUACCCAUGUCACCAGGGCCUUCUCCUCUCAACCCCUCCAUCCACCCGGCUGAUCCUCUCCUCCUCAUCUGCCCACAGGCUCUUCUGUCUGUAACUAUCUACAGCCUCUGCCCCUCUGGGAUUGCUGGCAUAGACAUGUGCUGGCUCUUGUCCAGGCACUACUAAUGCGCUUGUUCUUCAACAAACCCUCUUCAGAGAUGUCACACUGUGCAGCUUCACUGUAUUUCACAGAUUUCAGCUCUAUCAGUCUUUCUAGUUUAGUAUUUAAGAACAUUUCCACCUGCCAUCACUUACCAAGGGAUCGGCAGAUACUUUCUGCCACUCCUUCCUUUUCAGUAUUUUGAGAUGGUUUAAAAAAAAAAAAACAAACCAGUGAUUUAAUCUGAAGCAGAGUGCACUAUUUCUAGGGGCAGAAUGACCUUGUUUGAUGAGGUUUCAGGUCUUAAAACUGAACUGAGACAAAGAAAACGAAUCAAAUUGCUACCCAAAAGGCAUGGAGCGGGGAGGACCUGUUAGCUAAGACACAGCAGGAAAAACAAAGAGAAAUCUAGACAGAAGAAAAAGCCAUAUGCAAUUAUUCAUGCAGUGAAACAGAAUGAAGGUCAGAGGCAUUUGCAGUACCUUAUUCUAAUUCCUCGCUUCAGGAAUGGAAUAGAAGUUGCUGCAGGCCCUUUUUCUUUAGUUCCCUGCAGUCCAUUGCACAGGCACAUUUGUCCUUCCUGCAUUUCCCCAAGUUAUUAAGCAGCACACCUGUAUCAGUUCUGAAGGGCUCCUAGUACCUCAUAUUAACACAGGCUCAGAGAAACUGCAGGAACUUGAACUCAAUUAAAGCACUAAGUUAUAUGAACAGCAGUGCUCUUUCAGGCUGAAGAUGUUAACAACAGGUUUCCGUGACAUCUGAAUUGAACAGUGAUAGAAAGAUGGUCCACAAGAGCCUUCAACUGCGCCACCGCACUGUAAAUGGAAGCUGUCAGAGACAACUGCAACAUCGCUUGUUAUGUACAGCAUGAGAGGAAAUCUAAAGUAUGAGAGAUUUAAUGUAUUUGCUUCUUGAACACUUGGUUUUCCACAGAGAUAACUGUAAUAAAACAACAAAUACUUAACUAAAUUUAGGUAGAUAUUUUGUAGGUUAUCUUAAUUAAAGAGAAAAAAAUAGACUAUCGAGAUGCAUCUCCUCUAAUUAUGUGCAACACAUGGAUUUUGCUAAGACUCCUCGCUUCUCUGUGGGCCCAGACAGCCUCACACGAGACACUGCAGCACCUAGUCCUGGUUACCCUGAAAUCCUGUUACAGAUCAGCUUUGCUUACGUGUACCACAUGGUCUACAUCGCUAACCGACAGCUAGUGGAAUGGUGACUGCUGUUUCUACCCCAUCAAGUAAUUUUGUA